GGCUCUUUCUGCUUUGCUACUUUUGAUUGCUCGCCAGAGGGUGUACCUUUAGCUUCCCCCAUCCUGCAAGGCCACUCAACCAUGUGCCAGCUGGAGUAAUCUUUAUUCACAAUGUCUUUACAAAGGCUUCUGCAACAGAGCAGCAAUCGCAACUUGGUGGACUACUGCACCAGUCCUGCGUCUAGCUCGUACGCCUCACUCACAGGCAGUCUUGAGAUGGAUGACAACAGAAGGAUUCGAAUGCUGGCAGACACCGUGGCUACUUUGCCUCGGGGACGAAAGCAGCCUGCUUUGACCAGAUCAAGUUCUUUGGGUGACUUUUCCUGGUCUCAGAGAAAGCUUGUAACUGUGGAAAAGCAGGACAAUGGAACAUUUGGAUUUGAAAUUCAGACGUACAGGCUCCAGAGCCAGAACUUCUGCUCCUGGGAAGUGUGCACUCUGAUCUGCAAAACACAGGAGGACAGUCCUGCUCACUGUGCGGGCCUGCAAGCUGGUGAUGUCCUUGCAAAUAUCAACGGAGUGAGCACAGAAGGCUUUUCCCACAAACAAGUGGUUGACCUGAUCAGAUCGUCAGGAAACUUGCUAAGGAUAGAGACUCUUAAUGGAACAAUGAUUCUCAGGAAAGCAGAGCUUGAAGCAAAGAUGCAGGAUUUAAAGCAAACCUUGAAGAAAAAAUUGGUGGAGUUCAAGUCACUGCAGUUACAGGAACAGCGCCUGCUUCAUGGGGACGCUGGUAACAGCCCAGGUUUGGAAAACAUGGAGUUGGAUGAGUUGGCUGUUUUGGGAUCCCUGCCUGGGCCAGGCCCAGCCGUUCUGGAACAGAAUCGGUUGUCCAGUGAGAGCAGCUGCAAGAGCUGGCUGAGCUCCAUGACGGUGGACAGCGAGGACGGCUACCAGACCUGUGUGUCUGAGGACUCGAGCAGGGGAGCCUUCAGCCGGCAGACCAGUACUGAUGAUGAGUGCUUUGUCCUCAAGGAGGGGGAUGAUUUUAUGAGGAGCUCCUAUUCAAGGAGAAACCGAAGCAUCAGCACGACCAGCAGUGGAUCCAUGUCUCCAUUAUGGGAGAAUAAUUACUCAAGCAUGUUUGGGACUCUGCCUCGGAAGAGCAGAAGGGGAAGUGUUCGGAAACAACUCUUGAAAUUCAUCCCUGGCCUUCACCGUGCUGUGGAAGAAGAAGAGAGUCGCUUUUGAUGGUGUAUGGUACCUUUUAAAGUUAGCUUAUUUCACAAAUAUAAUAGACUCUCCUAGAGCAACUCCACCCAAUUUGGUGGGAAAAUGAAGAUAAAUUGUGAAACUGACAGCCCAUUUCACAAGUAACAAUGACCUUUAUUUAAAAUUUUACAUCCUUUUUGUUUCUUAAAUCAUUUUUCGACCACAGCACCUCAGGUUCUAAGGAGACAUUAGGGAAGUUAAAUAAUAGGUUAAAUAAUAUAACCAAUACAAGUUCUGGCUCAUUCUAAUGCUGCCUGUGAAAUCAGGAAUGUUUAUUAUCUAGAUUAUCUAUAUGAAAAAUUGACAAACUUUCAGAGUCCGGUGUGAAUAGGGAGUGACAGAAUAUAAUUAUCUGUUCUAUGUUCCACAGGAUAAUUUGAUAAGUUUCAAAACUUUGUUUGCUUUAGCUCAGUGCCUUCUCAGGAGCCAUAAUAGUAUGUAAUUUUGAGUGUUUCUGUUCAAGUCUUUAAGGAGUUAUAAAUAAAGAUAAACAUUAGCCUUUUCUCACAUCUAUAAUGACAAUAAAUCAAGAAGUAUAAAAUUUAAUAUAAGGAAUUAAGUUUCAUGAGAACUAUGAAAAGAUGGGAUCUGAGAAGAGUGCUGAGGAAGAUUGAUAAUGUGACCUUCUUUAUAGACACUUAAAAUGGGUGGGAUCUCAUUCUUUUUAGCUCAACUCAAUUUUCGUUUUGGCUGAACAUUGAUGACAAGGAUAGGACACUCAGGAUCCUACGGCUUUGUCAUCACAAAUAUCUAAAACCCUCAAAAAUUAGGAUUAGGAAAAGGAUUUUUCUCCUAUAGAUUUUUGUACAUGAUUCCUCACUGUAUAUUCCAAAGAAUUAUCACCUUAGCACUCUUUUACCUAUUAAUUAUAUUUGCAUCAUAGUGCUUCUGGCUUUUCAAUCAUGCUAUAUUUUAUUCACUAUCCAUUAAGGUCCAUGUUUUCUUUGUUCUGGUGAUACAGCUGCUUUCUUCCUAUACUCUAAAGUAGACAAUCUCAACUGUAUGAUAAAUGGUCCUCAAUUAUUUUAACUUCGUGUGUGUGUGUGUGUGUGUGUGUGUGUGUGCAUGUGCAACUGUGUGUGUUAUUAGGAAAAAUAGAAACAAGUGAUUUUGAGUAGAACUAGUACACUUAAGUAAAGUUCUGAUUAAUCUAUAGAACAAAUCAUUUUGAGGAGAAAAGGGUGUGGUAAGGAAGCUUUGAGGGUAAGAAAUAAAUAACAAAUUAUAAAAAUAUUUCUAAGUGGGACCUGCUUUCUGUUAAUUCUCUGAACUGACAAACAUUCAGUGGACUUUGCAUGAAAGUCACAUGGAAGGCAGUGUGUAGCACCUUUUUCAAGCAUAAGAACAAUCCUGCCUACCAUUUAUUGAAUGUGAUUCCAGAAUAGUUGUUGUUAGGCAUUUAAAUAAGGUAGAAACUUAGAGAUUCCUGGGCUCACAUGACUCUCAGUGACACAGUUGGCAUUGAAAACUAAUUCUUCCUGGAUCUAGCCUAUCUUCUUAGUCUUUCUGUCUAUCCUUUAUGGUUUUGCUGGCUUUGUGCAGUUAUCAUCAGAGUAAUUUUUAUUUCCCAAACAAGAAAACUUAAAAUACAAAUUAUAAAACUGUGUAGAUAAGUAUAUUGUAUUUUAUAAGUAAGAAGCCAAACAAACAUUUAGAGUGACUGUUUCUUGUGUUUUACAUAAGCAAAUUUUCAGACACAGGCACAUUAAUACUUACAUAGACUGCAGUGCAUUUAUUUCAGCAUACUGUGGAAGAGGAAGGGCUUGAAAACCCGUUAUGAUUCAGCUGAUACUGCUUAUUUCUCAUCACACUCUAGAAUUAUCAUGUUAAAGAUCAGUUUGUGCAAAUGCAGUAUUUCCUGUUAAUUCUGUUUUGAAAGUCCAAGGGAAAGAAAUACAUUUAUUUGGUGAAAGAUGGCUCUAAAGUUUUCUGCACUGGGAAAAAUUGCUUUGGAAACUACCACGGUCAUUUGCAAAAGUAGGCUACAGGCCAUUUCCUUUUCGUGUGGUUUUAAUACAGAAGUGUAGCAGUGCUACAUAACAGUAAAUGUCAAAUGCAGAAUGGGAGCAUGGAAAGGACACAGCAAGCCUCACUCAGUCUCUAAUAAGUAUUAGAGUCAAGAGUUAAAUCUGUGUUCUGGGAAAAAAGAAAAGUUGGUUAACCAAGGUACAGGAAGGAAAGUAUGUCACAUUUUGUGUUUUCACAAGCUGCUUAGUGGAAAUGUGGGUAAAUUUCUCACAGGUUUUCAAUCUGAGUCUGACCUAAGUGGAGCUUUAGAAAAAUCUUCUGGUACACACUGACUCACUUUAAGUAAUUUAUGAGGAAAAGAAUUUUAAUUUUUUUGGUGGCGAAGUUGUCAAAUAUGUAUUACUAAUGAAUUACAUUGAUUGACAAAUUAUCACAGAAGCACAUUUUUCCAGAAUGGCAUUGAUAAACCAAAUUUGAGUAAAGCAUACUGGAAAAUUAUUUUAUCAUAUGGCUGAAGAAGCAACACCAUAUCAAACUGUUAGGAAAUACAUUUUUUGAAAUAAAUUUUUGUUCAUCAUGUACUUUGGAAGACUUUUAUAUCUUAGGUAUAUGACAAAAAUUUUGUCUAGUUUGAACCAAAGAAAUCAAAGUUGGACACAGUUUGUAUGUUCUGGUCAUAAAGUGUGGGUAUUUAAGAAUAUAUACAAAGUAAGUAUAGAAAAUAAUGCCAAACUAUAUUAAGAAACCUUUAAGAUCACAAGAAUGUUCUUACUUUAUGUCUGCCUUCCUACAGAACAAUGGACUACAAAAUCAAAA